ACCAGCACUUCUACGCCCACUACAACUACCACAUCCACCACCACCACCAGCUGUGAACCCGAAGUGUGCACCUGGAGCGAGUGGUUUGACGUAGACUUUCCCUCCUCGGGGCCCAACCAGGGAGACUUUGAAACCUACCAGCACAUCAGUGCAGCCGGCAAGCAAGUCUGCAGGCAGCCAAAGCAGAUCGAGUGCCAGGCAGAGGACUACCCCGAUGUACCCAUCCAGCAGGUGGGACAGGUCGUGCAGUGCAACGUCCACUUUGGACUGGUGUGCAAGAACGAGGACCAGACGGGCAAGUUCAAGAUGUGCCUCAACUACAGGAUCCGUGUGCUCUGCUGCACCCCCAACUACAACUGCCCUUUCUCUACCUUCUCGUCCACCACCAGCACAUCUACUAUUAUUACACCAAGUCAGCCUUUCUCAACCACUACUUUGUCUCACAUUUCAACUACACCAUGUUUCUGCAAGAUUGGUGAUGCAAUUUUUUCGCCUGGUGACUUGAUUUACGACAGAUUGGAUAGUGACGGAUGCAGAUUGUAUGCCGUCUGUAGCCCAACAUGUAAUAUUGAAAGGCACAGUGUGCAUUGUAACAUGAUAUCUUCACCAUCCACUACUUCCUCUGAGUGGUCUACCGUUACAACAUCAGUUCCUUCUUCUCCCACCCCUACAAGUGCUGUUUUUCAUGGUUGUGUUUCCAAUACUUACCCUCCAUUACAACCUGGAGAAAGAUUCAAAUUAUCCAACUGUACAGAAGUCAUCUGUAAUGGAGACAAUGAUAUAGACGUAGUACCAACAUACUGCCCACCUGUAAAGGAAAUUACCUGUGCAAACAAAUAUCCACCAAUGCUGGUACCUGAUGAAAACGGAUGCUGUUACCGAUAUGAGUGUCAAUGUGUAUGUAGUGGAUGGGGUGAUCCUCAUUACAUUACUUUUGAUGGAACCUAUUAUACCUUCCUUGAAAACUGCACUUAUGUCCUGGUGAAACAGAUUGUCCCUAGAUAUGACAACUUCCGUGUUUACAUUGACAAUUAUUACUGCGAUGCAAAAGAUGGACUCUCCUGCCCUAAAUCCAUUCUUAUUUUCUACAAAUCUGCAGAAGUGGUGCUGACUCGUGAACUCAUGAAUGGUGUGAUGACUAAUGUGAUGUACUUCAACAAAAAGAUUGUUCAACCAGGCUUCAAAAAAGAUGGCAUUUCUUUCUCCACUCUUGGCAUCAAUAUGAUUGUUGAAAUAGAAGAAAUUGGUGCUGUUAUCACCUUUAGUGGUCUGAUUUUCUCUGUGAAGCUCCCAUACAGCAAAUUUGGCAACAACACCGAGGGACAAUGUGGAACGUGUACAAACAAUAAAGCAGAUGAAUGCCGCUUACCAAGUGGUAAGAUCAUUUCCUCCUGUCCCCAAAUGGCUCACCACUGGAUUGUUGACAACAACAAGGAUUGCCAUGGAGUACCAAUACCACCAGCUGUAACCACGCCUCCACCAAAGCCGCAAUGUGAAACACCUCGGCUCUGCAAGCUUAUCUUGAGCGAGGUUUUUGCAGAGUGUCAUUCCGUGAUACCACCAGAACCAUUUUUCAAAGGCUGUGUUUUUGAUGGAUGUCGCAUAGAUGAUGAAUUCAUGCAGUGUUCUAGUUUAGAGAUAUAUGCAACAGAGUGUGCUGCUAGAGGUGUCUGCAUUGACUGGAGAGGAAUGACCAACAAUACAUGUUCAUUCAGCUGUCCAUCAAGCUUGGUAUAUAAGCCAUGCGGGCCCAUUAAUCCAGUUAACUGUGACCAAAGCUAUGAGCGUCCUGGUUAUGGAAUAACUGAAGGCUGUUUCUGUCCUGAAGGAUUGACACUCUUGCAUGCAGAGAGCAACAUCUGUGUCUCUGAAUGUGUCUGCAGAGAACCAAAUGGAAUGUCCAGAUGGCCAGGAGAAAAAUGGACAAAAGAUUGCCAGGAAUGUGUCUGUGACAAAAACACUCUUAAGGUGACGUGUACAAAACAUAAAUGUUCUCUGACACAGCAAGUAAUUUGUGAAGAACCAGGUUACAUACCUGUUCAGAUACCCAUACCAGAAGAUCCAUGCUGCACUAGGACUGAGUGCUACUGCAACACAAGCCUCUGCCCUGGCCCCACACCCCAGUGCUUAGAGGGACAGGAAAUAAUCACAGUAAUGCCACCUGGAAACUGCUGUCCUGUCUUUGAAUGCAGACAGGGCUGCGUAGUCAACGAAACCUAUUAUGCACCUGGAGCUGCCAUUCCAUCAGGCCCCUGUGAAGAAUGUACCUGCUCCGAGUCGUCUCCCUCAAAGCCCCAGCGCCCCACAGUCAGGUGCCAGCCUGUGGUCUGUGACACCUCCUGCCCGCUGGGCUAUAAAUACACAGUGGAACCUGGGCAGUGCUGCGGCACGUGCAAGGCAGCAGCUUGUGUAGUGACUGUGGGAGACAACAUUACACACGUGCUCCAUGAAGGAGAAUAUUGGAAUCCACCUGGUGAUAACUGUACUGUUUACACAUGUGAAAAACAUGUUGACCAGUUCAUUCAAGUCAUCAAAAAGGCAAGCUGUCCUGCCUUUAACCGUGAUGAGUGUGAUCCUGAGGAUAUCAGAUUAUCUGAUGAUGGCUGCUGUUUAGUGUGCCAAAGAAUACCAAAACUUUGCAUGAAGUACAACGUGACCACUGUCAUCAACUAUAAUGGCUGUGUGUCUCCUGCACCUGUUGAGAUAACAUACUGUGAAGGCAGCUGUGAUGCUUACUCACGAUAUUCUCAGACAACAAACACAAUGGUGCACAAAUGCUCGUGCUGUCAGGAAAUCAAGACCAGCAAAAGGAAGGUGACUCUGACGUGCAGUGAUGGAACCUCCCUCGAUCACUCCUACACCUACGUGGAGAGCUGCAGCUGUGUGGGUGCUGAGUGCAUUCCCCAGGACAACAGCCAACAGCAGACACAACAGACAAAGACCUCUCAGGAGCAAGCAAAUGUCAAAAAUUAGAACUAGAGAGAAGUCCUCAAGCAAGGGCUGAGCAUAAGAUUAAAUAAAGAAACUUCAAAAAAUACAAAAGUGUCAAGA